UCUCGCGUGUUUUUCUACCUAACAAAGCGAUCAGCCAUCACAUGCAUGCAAGGUCAACACUUUGAAGGCAAAUUCAGCGCGCGAAUAGCUCACCAAGCCUGGUAGACAUCGACGGGUCUAGGUCAAGGUGCAGAAGGAUAACUCAGUGGUCAACAUUUCUUGGCAGCCGGAACAAGUUGUGGCGUGAACGAACUGUGCCUUACAAAGUGAGAAGAAGUGGCGAACCGCUGGUACAUAUCGCUACGCUACGGAGGGAGAAGGUGGCCGCGCUUUUCGUCGUCCUCUAUCACUGCAUGCACCCAUGACGGCCGUAUAGUUUGAACGUUCCAUCCGCGACUUGCAAAACCGCGUGACCGUGUGCCACUGUGCUGCUUGAUUGGGGUGCCAGACAUAUAAUGGCGACGUUGAAGUACAUAUUUUGCUUGGGUGUGCUACAGCUCUUGAUUUGUUGGUGCGUAUCGAAAUUCAGCCACUUGGAGGCAUUUCCUGAAGCUUUUCCAAAUCACUUUUUUUGUUUCUUCCAUCUGCCAGAAACUUAGCUUCUCCAUCGAUUAGCCCUUCCCCUAUGUUGUUUUCGGAGAUGGUACCAGAAGCGUAAGAUUAGGAGACGACAAAACCCCUUUUUUUUAUCGCCGGAUCUUUGGUGUUUCUCUUUGUGAUUCGGGUAGGUUACGAACCACUACGAUCGAGCAGAAUUUCGCCAGCUUCCUCCAAGAAAUGGGCUGUCUAUGCCUAUUCCGGGACAAAUGGAGGCGCAAGAGGCGGCCGGAGUCGUCGGCGCCGCCAUCCCAUUCUCAGGCAGCGGCGGCCUCCUACUACGCCGCCUGCACAGAGCCGUGCUCCCACGACGCGUCGGUACCAGCCGGCGCUGCCUCGACCGCAUCGCCAGCUUGCAGCGCUACUGCUACGAGCACAUCCGACGGCUCAGGCGCGCGGCCGGCGUCGAGCAAGUCCUUGGGCUCCUCCGCGCGGAGCCUCCCGGAGCUGUACGGGGAGAGGGGCGCGCACAGCCUGCUGGAGUUCGGUCUCAGCGAGCUCCGUGGCGCCACGGCCAACUUCAGCCCGCUGCUCAUGGUCGGCAUGGGCGGCUUCGGGUGCGUCUACAGGGGCGCCCUCCGCCUCCCCGGCGGGAACCCCCACGGCACCGCGGUCGCCGUCAAGAGGCUCAACCCCAACGGUGGCCAGGGACACAAGGAAUGGCUGGCCGAGGUCCAAUUCCUCGGCAUCGUCGAGCACCCGAACCUCGUUAAGCUCGUCGGCUACUGCGCAACACAGACCGAUCAAGGGCCGCAGAGGCUUCUGGUCUAUGAGUUCAUGCCCAACAAGACGCUGGACGACCACCUGUUCAACCCAGAGCACCCUGUCCUCCCAUGGGACGUCAGGCUGCAGGUAGCACUGGGUGCUGCUGAAGGGUUGCUCUAUCUGCACGAGGGCCUUGAGCUUCAGAUUAUAUACCGCGAUUUCAAGGCUGCAAACAUACUGUUGGAUGAGGAGUUCAGACCCAAACUUUCGGACUUUGGAUUAGCAAGGGAGGGGCCAUCCGAAGGCCAAACCCAUGUAUCUACAGUGGUAAUGGGAACCUACGGCUACGCAGCUCCGGACUAUGUCCAGACAGGGCAUCUCACCACCAAGAGCGACGUCUGGAGCUUCGGAGUGGUAAUGUAUGAAAUCCUCACGGCUCGACGCUCGGUAGAGAAAAAACGACCCAAGAACGAACAGAAGCUCCUGGAGUGGGUGAGGCGGCACCCAGCCGACAGCGAACAGUUCAGUGAGAUCAUCGACACAAGGCUUGAAGGGAGAUACUCCAUGAGAGGAGCAAGAAAGAUCGCCAAGCUGGCCAACAGCUGCCUUGCAAAGUAUGCAAAGAACCGCCCCACAAUGCUGGAGGUGGUUGAGAGGCUGAAGCUGGCAAUGCAGCACAAGGAACUGGAUGGUCAGGAUGUCCGUUCAGUGGAGGAAAGCUCGCUUCUUCAUGAGGCACCAACGACACCACCCAUGGAGGAUGAGGCUGCGGUGUCGGCAAGGCGGCGGAUGCUUCAUUUGGCUGCCCUAGGUGAGAAUGCAAAUGCUCAGGCAAGGAGAAGAUUGAUGCUCAUGAGGGCAGCUGCUCCUCGGACGUGAUACCCUGCCAUCGUUGAGCUCUUGAUUUUGACAGACUUUUUUUCUUGUUGUUCUGUUUGUUUUUUUUUUGUAUGAUUGUAUAUGGUUUAGAAAUUUAGUUUUCUCCAAUGCCGUAUCUGGCAAUUGAUGAGUAAAGUUUGAAGUGCUGGUGGUGGUAAAAAUAGGUUGAAAAGCAUGAAAUGCAGUUAUGCCUUUCUUU